AUGAAGGCGGAUUUAUGUAUUCACUUGAAUCGAAUGGUCUUCAACGAACACCCGGCCUUUCGCCUCGCAAGCGACGGCUGUCUGCGUUCACUGGCUGUCAACUUCAACACUCUGCACACGGCUCCAGGGGACCUGAUUUUCCACCAGGGAGAGAGCAUAGAUCAGCUCUGUUUUGUCGUCACUGGUUCGCUUGAAGUAAUCCAGGAUGACGAAAUAGUCGCGAUUCUGGGGCGUGGUGACGUCUUUGGUGAACCAUUCUGGAAGGAUCCUGGCAGAAUGAGUCAUUCCUCGGCAACUGUUCGAGCCCUCACAUAUUGUGAUCUUCAUUACAUCAAAAAAGAUCGUCUCCUGCAUGUUCUCGACUUUUACACGGCCUUCGCAAAUAGCUUCGCCCGAAAUUUGGUUCUCUCGUACGAUCUAAAAACCCGACUGAUAUUCCGGAAAUUGGAGGACGUUCGAAGGGAACGGGAACUAGCAGAACAUAGGACAAAUGAAAACUACCUCUCCGAAUUAACUGCAGACCAUCCAGUCAGGCGCAUGAUCCACCGUUUUCGUAAAAUUGGCACCGCCAGUUCUAACGCAGCAAGUGUUGCAGCGGCAAGCUCAAAUGCGUCCGGUGAAGGAGGUGGUGACGCAGAAGAAGGUGGCACAUCCACUGGCCUGCUUUCCAGUGUAGUAGUUGCACCACAAAAGAGAAAGUCGGUUGGAGGUCUUGAGCCAGCUGGAAAAGAAAGCGAGCCCCCACAAACGAGACCAGCUAGUAAAUGGGCUCGACUAAUGGCUGGAAAUAGUGGAGAGGGAGCAGGUGGUUCAAGGAAAGGUGGGACAGCCAAAGAAACCACGGCAGAGAAUCUGACUCAAGUUAGCCAGCCAACUGGAGGUUUUAAGCAAACACAAUCGUCAAUGAGCCUCCGAGUGAAACCUCCUUCACAGCCCGAGACAAUUGAAGAAGAACCUGAGACAAAAGCUGCUUCGCCAGAAACAGUUUCGUUGGAGAUAGAAAAGAAAAUCCAAGCUGUAUUGGACGCAAUUACAACAAUGCAAACAUCUUUAAUGAAUGAGAUAACGGCUGUUAAUAAGCGGAUUGAUAUGAUUGAUGACCAUUUGCUGAAGCUCUACGAAAUAGUUGACAAAGUCACAGAAGAUCAGAAGUCAAGAGCACGACAGCCAAGUGAAUCUGACGGUACUGAAUCGGUGUCCAGCAUUCUACGCCUAUUCCGCAAAAGCAGUUCACCAACUAAGGAGCGGACGGCGCGCAAAUCGUAUUCCUCUUUUGUUGAAAUGCAUCAUCUGCCCUCGUCAUAUGUCAGGCGAUCUGGUGUAUCACUGGGAAUUUCUAAAAAAGGCAGGGGAGUAAAGUCAUCGAGAGUCGGCCCGAUGCUCACAGAAACGGAGCUUGUUCAAACCCGCAUGGAUGAUCCCCUAGUAUUCCAUGACAGGUGCACGGAUGAAAGGACGUCAGCAUUUCUCCGAACACCAAAAACCAAUCACGCGACAAGGCGGUCCCCUUCUUAUGGAGCAGGACAUCUUCGGAGUCGAUCGCCAGCCCCUUCCAGGGGCUACGAAGCUCUGAUUGGUUCUGGAGAUGGGCUUUCUUCGCUAAGUACCCUUGGUGGUGACGACGUGGACGAAGACAUGUCUUUUCGGGCGCGGGGACAACCACCGGUAUUUUCAAGACGUGUAAACGGUAGCAACUCUCUGCACACACAGGACUCCUCCACACGAAACAGUGACCCAAAGUGGGACACUGUGGUGAGGAGCUCUUCAAGCAGAGAUGCUGGCACAGAAUAUGGGAAGGUUUCGUUGCUCUAA